ACUGAUUCAAGAAUUUCUCUUCUACUCAUCAAGAAUUUCCUCAGCUUUGGCGUUGUGGUUGAUUAACAACCAGCCAACAAAUCCAACCUAACAAUUAAAUGAAUCACCAGAGCCACCUUCCUUCCUCCUCUUCAUAUCAACCUCCAACUACUCCCUCAGAAUCCCAAUCCCAAGUUCAUCCACCUUAUCGGACGGCCGACAGACGUACUUGCAGCUCAUUCAACGGCCCAAAGGCGAUGGAUGCCACCAUCAUUUGAGAAGUGAAGGGGAAGUUCCUACAAGAGGAAAACAAACCAGAUUAUCCGACUUAGGUUAACUUCCAGUUUGAAUAACUGAAGGUGAUCGUACUCCUUUACAGGGCCAUCUUCUUGUUUAUGAUUCAAAAGUAUAAGAAAUGUGGCGCUUUGUCAUCUGGGCAGGCUCUUGUUCCUCACCAGAGCUUCUCUUUUUCUCCUCUGGGGAAGAAGGAAGAGAAGAGAGAAGAAGGGAGGAAGAGCCAUGGUGGGUAGCAACGUUCCACCGGCGUUGUUGUUAGGAGUGACCGUGGCUAUGGCCAUGGUGUGCUCGUGUGGAGCCACUUUCUACUUGGUGGGCGGCCUCGCCGGCUGGGACAUGAGCACUUACCUUGAUUCAUGGCUCGUGGGGAAGACCUUCUUGCCUGGUGAUAUCCUCUCAUUCCAGUUCUCAUCAUACUACGAUCUGCAUGAGGUGACAAAGGAAGGGUAUGAUUCUUGCAAUUCAAGCAAUGCCAUCUUCACCAGCACGACCGGGAACGCGUCAAUCGCUCUGGCACAGCCCGGCCCGAGGUUCUUCAUAUGUGGCGUCCGUCUGUAUUGCCUCUCCGGACUGAAACUGCAAGUAAACACGCUGGGCAAUGGUCAGCAGUCUGGUGGCCCUGCUGCUGCCCCUGCUUUAGCACCGCCUGUGGUUCAGCAGCCAGCCGGCGCCGGCGCCGGCGGCCUGAUUACUCCGCCCCAGGUUAACGGCAACCCCAGUUUUUCUUCUUCUGCCGCUGCUUCUGUUAAUGUCGGCGCUGUUCUAAGAGGGCUUGUUUUCUUGUGGGGGCAGUGGGCAGUUGGUACCCUUUCAUGGAUCAGUUUUCGGUUUUGAUCCAAGCUUGGUGGCUGAGUUUUCUUGGCUGUAUCUCUAAUUUUCGCAGUUACAAUCUCCCUAUCUCUGUCACAUACACGCACUUUGUAUUCGCUAGCUUCACCCCCUUUGAUGUAUAGAUCAAACGAUUGCAAAGACUGCCAAGUAAUGAAGUUAAUUCAGAA